AUCCCGGCCGCCCCCGUCCCCGCCGUCGCCCCGCCUAAGCCAUCGGAGGUCCCCGCCCCGGCGCCGAGCAAGAAGAAGUCCAAGUCGAAGAAGAAGAAGAAGGGCGCCGCCCCAGCCCCGGCUCCGGUGGCCUCCAGCCAUCUAGCGCCGCUGGCAUCCUCGCCGGGCAGCAGCGAGGUAGCUUCCCCCGGGCCCAGCGUCGCCGCCGACGAAACGAGUGGAGCUGGGAUAUUGAGGCAGAUGCUGGGAGGUCUCAUCACGGGAUGGGCUCUACUGCUGGGCAUUGCCAUGCUUGCCUAGAUCUGAAGCCAUGAUAUAGAAAUAAUCUCCCUGUCUUCUUUGUAUUUCUUUUUCUUUUUGUCCUUAUUCUCUUUUAUCUUCUUUGUGUUUGUGGUGGUCCAUCUUCUGCUCCCUGGCCUCUUUGAUGGGCCACAGCUGGUCGUGGUGGUCACACAUUCAUUUGGAUUCUUUUCUUUUGUGAGGCGACGCUUGUACGUAAGAUGAAUUAUUUUAUUUGAUAAUUUAUGAGGCUGCAUCCAUUUCAUAUA